AGCCUCACUGCUUUGCGUCGAGAUUGCUUUAUAGCACCACCACAGUUGCCUCUCAUCGUCUCCAAGAAGCCCCGACUCCACGGGCCCUCCGCCCAGUAGCCCCCAAUCGAAGAAGUCCACACGUAAAUUCACCAUGGCAGACGCCGAGCCUGAAGACUUCAGCGCCCUUCCGCUACCAGACCGCUUCACCCACAAGAACUGGAAAGUUCGGAAAGAAGGAUAUGAAGCCGCUGCCAAAGAGUUUGAUAUCGCCCAGAGCGAAGCCGAUCCUCUGGUCAGACAGUUCAUUCAAGAUUCUGGAAUAUGGAAAGGCGUGGUAGCCGACUCCAACGUGGCCGCACAGCAGGAAGGCUUAGGCGCAUAUUGCUCAUUUCUACAGAUUGCUGGAGAAAAAGGCUGCACGCG